GCUUCUGGACACACUGAACUUAAUAAACAACCCGAUACCUUAAAAACGGGGGCGACAGGCGAUGGUGAUUAUCAGGCACUUUUAAAGGAGGUUGACAUCAUUGAGAUAUACGUAAUACAGGUUCCAGAGGAACCACAACACGAAACAUCAGGUCAAAAUGAAACCUGUGAAGAGCCCAAAUUUUCGCCAGAAAAUCCUGUUUAUACGGAGCUUGAUGUAAGCGGCAGAAAUACAACGGAAAAUGGUACCUAUCAGAAUCUAGUAAAGCAAGACUCAGAUUGUGUUACACCAGUUCACGAGAGGAGAGAGUCGUACGAAGACAUCAAAAUGGGAAGAAGCUUACCAGACUACACGGAGCUGGAUCUAAGCAAACACGAAUCAGAAGUCUAA